AUGACACCACCAUCCACCACCACCACAUCACCACCAUCAACCACCACAUUCCAUCAUUCAAUCCGUCCAUGGCUAACCGACUUCUUCGCAACAUCCACCCUCUCCCUCCCACUCUCCUUCACGGAACUCGCUUUUCGUAUACAAAAAAACCUCCACACAUUCCAUGCCAACUAUCUCAUCAUCACAGCCCUAAUAUUCUUAUCAUCCCUUGUCAUUUUUCAUCACCCAAUUCUAUUCAUCUUUUCCAUUCUCAUCAUUUCCACGUCCAUUUACGUGGGUCUUGUUAGAGAUGAACCGUUUUUAGUUUUCGGUUUUGAAAUACGUCAGAGAAGGGUUCGUGGUGUGGUGUACAUGGUUACUUUUGUUGUGUUGGUUGUCAAUGAUGUUUGGUGGAAUGUUUUCACAUCAGGUUUGGUUUCCGCAGUUGUGGUUUGUUUGCAUGCGGUUUUCAAGACUCCUGAUCAUGAUGAUGCUGAUGAUGUGGAAUCGCCUAAAUAUGGUGAGUUGUUAUCGGUUAUUGAUGACAAUGAAGGCGAUUCAGGCAUUUUGCUGGCUCGGGAUCUUAUACGCUCGAGUGAUCAUGUUUGA